AUGGAUAGACAAGAUAAUGUUUUAAAUUUAAAUCAACAAGCACCAAGAAAAAAAUGUCAUGGAAAUCGAAGAGAUCAACGUUUUCGAAGAAAAUGUCGUGCUGAAAAAAUGAAACCAGCAAAAAUCAAAAAAUUAAUUGAGAAAAGAAAUCGUUUUCAGAAGAAAAAUAAAGAACCUACGACAAAUAUAGAAUCAACAAAAUUAAACAAGGAAUUAUUAGCAUCAAAACAAAAUUAUCAAUCACAACCAAUAAUAACAACAAAUCUUACUAAACGUAAACGAGAUAUAUCUUCACAACAAUUAUCAUCAGCAAUAGAUCUGGCAAUACCAAAAACAACGAGUUCAAUAUCUAUUGCACAAUCAACAUCCAAAAAAAUGAAGAAUAUAUCAGAAAUAAUGGAUAAUAAUUCAAUAAUCAAUAGAAAUAACAAUGAUACAAAUAAACAUAUAAAUUAUCGACAACCAAUGUAUUUAACACGGUCAUCAUCGAUACUCUAUCAAAUAUUAAAUAAAGCUUUAAAUUAUUCAUUAAAGAAAAAAGAUGAAAAACAAUUUAUCAAUGGACGACUUCAACUAUUAGAUCAACAAUAUUGUUUAGAAAUGGAUCGACAAUUAUGGCAAUCCUAUUUAGAUAUUGGUUUACAACAACAUUUAUGGCCAGAUCAAUUUUAUACGAUGGCAAAGACAAACGAUUUCGAUUUAUGUAAACAAUAUGUAAUGAAUUAUAUGGAAAAUAAUAAAAGACAAUUGAAUCAUUGUCAAUUUGAAUUAACAAAACAAGAAGAACAAUUUCAAACAUUUUGUCCAAUGAUAGAAAUAUCAUUUGAACAAAUGGAACAACGACUUAAAGAAUUAGUGGAUCGUGAACGAAAAUAUUUAUCAAAAAGAAAUAAUGAUAAAUUGAUCAAAUUUAAAGAUGAUAUUUCUGAAAAACAACGAUUGACAACAAUAUCUA